GAAGAGCAGAGUGAGGAGAAGUAGAGGAGAAGGAGGAGGAGAGGAGAGGUAGAGCAGUGAGAGAGGUUCUGCUGGAUGAUGGUUCUGGAGACUGAUCACCCCGGACGGACCAGCUGGACCCUCUCUCAGAUACCGGUGUCACCAAACUAUCCAUGAACCAUGCUUCCACAAAACUGCACGUUAAUUGACAACACAUACGUCAUCCCUCACCCAUCAUGGUGCCCAGAGUCAGGAGAGUGCAUCGUGUGGAACGUGACCUUGGAGGAUCUCCCAGACCUUUGCUCGAGCCGCACCGCCUACCUGGAGAAGGAACUGGGUCACCAGCGCUCUCCGUUCUUCUUGCCCAUGUGCAUCGUCUACCUGUUGAUCUUCCUGGUCGGGGUGGUGGGUAACGCACUCACCUGCAUUGUUAUUGCACGCCACCGGGUCAUGCGGACCCCCACCAACUACUACCUGUUCAGUCUGGCCAUGUCUGACCUGCUGGUGCUGGUUCUGGGACUUCCACUCGAAAUCUACGAGCUUUGGUCCAACUACCCGUUCCUGCUGGGGACCGGCGGCUGCUACUUCAAGACCUGCCUCUUUGAGAUGGUGUGUCUGGCCUCGGUGCUGAACGUCACUUGCCUGAGCGCCGAGCGUUACGUGGCUGUGGUUCACCCGUUGCGUGCCAAACACGUGGUUACCAAGACCCACGCCAAGCGGGUGAUCUUGGCCCUGUGGACGGCGUCUUUCAUCUGCGCCCUGCCGAACACCAGCCUGAAUGGAGUCGCCGUGCUCCCACCGCGUUUUGGACAAACCUUCCCAGAUUCAGCCAUGUGCGGCCUGGUGAGACCUAUCUGGAUCUACAACCUGCUGGUGCAGGUGACGGCACUGCUCUUCUUCCUGCUGCCCAUGCUGACCAUCAGUGUCCUGUAUUUGCUGAUCGGGCUGCAGCUGAGGCGAGAGAAGCUGAUCGAUAAUACCAAAGACUGGCCUGGACAGAGCAGGAUUUAUAUAGCGCACAGCAUCCAGCAGAGAGCUAAACACAGACAGGUCACCAAAAUGCUAGUGGUUCUGGUGAUCGUUUUCGGGAUUUGUUGGGCACCUUUCCAUAUCGACCGCGUCAUGUGGAGCUACAUCUACCCAUGGACGAAAGAGUGGCACAGGAUCUUCGAAUUCGUCCACCUGGCCUCCGGCAUUUUCUUCUACCUGAGCUCGGUGGUGAACCCCAUCCUCUACAACCUCAUGUCCUCACGCUUCAGGGAAAUGUUCCGCGAGGUCGCCUGCCAAAAGACUUACCAUCGCUCCAGUGUCACUCAGGUGACCCAGCGGAGCACUGUGUACGAGAAAACACCCCAUAAUACCAGACUCUCUCAAGACGUAUCUGCAUGCAUGCAAGGAUAGAGCCAGACCACUAAAUAUGUAUACACUGAUCAGCCAUAACAUUACAACCCAGAAUAAUAUUAAAUAGUAUUAAUGAUCUGUGAUAUAUAUAUAUACACUGCAGCAGUAUGUAAAUGGAUCAUAAGGAUGACAUGAAUUAUAAGAGAUUAUAAGCAAUUAUACCACAGUUAGCUCCCACCCUGCAAUGUGAUUGGCUGAGAGGAUUCUAUGAGUGUCGUUAUCAGCCGGUAAUGUACUGUAACCGAAGCCCUCCAUGUAUUACUCCACAUACUUAGCAGUAACUUAGCAAUGAUGCAGCAGCGCUUACAAGCCAAACAGCACAGCUACAAACAGAGCAGCAAUUAACUGUUUUAACUGGCGGAGUGUUUACAACCAAACAGAUCCUGUUUUAUAUAUUAUAUAAUAAUACAUCGAGGUUUGUGCUAUAAAGUGUAAUAUUGGCACAGCAAAUAUUUAACUCUCAGAUCAGGAUAUACUAAUGUUUCAGCCAGCUAUGCAUGCCGUUCAGCUACAACAAACACCAUUACUCCUCCAUAAUUUAUUAUCAUGCUUCUAAUGAUUUAAUAAACUAACCUGUUGCAAUGCUACCAAUAUUAUCAGUUGAUAUAUACAGUAAUAAAUACUUUACUUUUCUCAUGAUU